GGUACCCAGCGAUGGCGCACCGAUGGUUUGGGGUCGGUGGUUGCGAGCGUGGAACCAGUCAGUCAGUCUUGUCACGAGAGCCUGGGUACGAGGAUGAAUCGCGGCGGGCGCGGCGCUUUCGCGACCAGCGCCACACUAGCACCAUGCUCUAGACUGGUGCAAUAGUAUAUAGAGAGAUUGAAACAGAGUCUCGCAUCUGCCCGGGCUGCGCGCGAACAUGAUUAUGUGCCUUCUUCACCUCCUCGAUGGAUUUGUCAAUGACUAGUUGACUGUCACUCGCCCCCUUCGGAGCAACAGUGGCGUCCGCCGAAAAACCUGUCGUCGCGUUUCCUUCUGCCCGCCGUCGCGGAAAUCAGUGCGUGGACCACCCUCGGCUUCGUGUGUCUCGCUAGUUUCUGUUCCUUCCCUUCGUCUAGCUCGCACCGCACACCUGGAGAGAGGGUAAAAGAUGCCGGUACGACGGGGUCACGUGGCACCACGCACAACUAUCAUCGAGACGAUCAUCCGAAAAUUCGACACUCACAAUCGGAGUUUUCUGGUGGCGAACAACCAGCCGGGCCAAUGCCACAUCAUCUACUGCAGCGACGGCUUCAGCCGGCUAUCUGGCUUCAGCAGGGCCGAGGUGAUGCAGCGGCCGGCGGUGUGCGAUUUCCUGCACGGAGCGCUGACCUCGCAGCACGCGGUCUCGCACGUCAAGGAUGCGCUCGCCGCCGGCGUCGAAAAGCACUUCGAGAUACUCUACUACAAGAAAGACGGUACAAAGUUCCUGUGCAGUGAAGUAAUCGCGCCCGUGAAGAGCGAGGUGGACGACAUAUGUCUGUACAUUCUCAACUUUGAGGAUCUCACUGCAGUCACGCCGCCCAUGGACGACAGACCCGGCGGCAGCGCUUCUGCACAACCAAUGCCAAUCGGCGGUGCCGGGCCUCUCCAACCUGUGAAUCGCCUUGGGCGGCUGGGCCGUGCGAGGCAGUCGUUCCGACAGUCAUUUAAGAUGGGACCAUUAAGAAGAGGGCGUGCCUUUUUGGAGAACGCGAUAUCGGCCCCGCAGACCCGGCCGAUCCGCGAGGAAAUCUCCCUGGACGAGAGGAGUGAAGUGCUGGAAGUGAGCUUCCCCGAGAAGCCCCCGCUGUCGGCGCUGCACCACCGCGCCUCUGUUCCAUCGCGCACACCGGCGACGGCGCUACCUGCCCUCACGGCGCCACCCAUAGGGGCACCGAUACGGGUCAGAGACGGUGACAGCAGUCCUGAGUCGUCUCCAUCACAAAAGCCUCCGGCGCCACCCCCGCACGGUGGUGACCUCAUCCCUUACAGCCACCCUCCGUUGCGGCCGGCGACCUCGCUGGACGCGAUUUCGAAACAGAAACUGGCCGAGGCGGCCGCCGCGGCCAGCCAAAACGUGCCUAGCAGGAGUGCCACAAUGAGUGCCCUAACAUGCAGCUACCCUGAGCCCACCCUCGAAGACACAAGGAUUCGGCCACACACGCUAGAUAAUUUUUCAGAAGCUGCGGCGCGAAAUCACGUUUCCAAAUCCUUCCCGAACGCUUCGUCAGAGUCGGACCUGGCGCGGUACCACGCGGCCAUCUGGGCCGACCAGAGACGCGACAGGAAGUCUCCAUCGCUUAGCAACGUAGCCUCAGAUAGCCUAAGACAUAAGUUUUCUAUUCAAGACAAUGGAUCGGCAAAAUUUUUUCAAGGUGCUCUCCACACUCCUAACAUGGGUGAAAAAGUUGCUCAGGAUUGCAUGGAAAUUCAGCCUGUUUUUAAAUUUGAAGAGACAGAAGAAAGUAAUUAUGAUGUCGGGCAGGUGUUGUCAUUAGGAGCGGACGUCCUACCAGAGUACAAGUUGCAGUCCCCGCGGAUCCACAAAUGGACAAUUCUGCAUUACUCGCCAUUCAAGGCGGCGUGGGACUGGAUCAUCCUUAUCCUAGUCAUGUACACGGCCAUUUUCACGCCCUACGUGGCCGCCUUCCUCUUGAACGAACCCGACCACAGCAGUCGCAAGAACAAAAAGUACGGCGACGACCCCAUUGUUGUCAUCGACCUCAUUGUGGACGUGACGUUCAUCAUCGACAUUCUGAUAAAUUUUCGCACGACCUACGUCAACUCCAACGACGAGGUGGUGUCGCACCCUGGCAAAAUCGCCGUGCACUACCUGCGAGGCUGGUUCCUGAUUGAUCUGGUCGCUGCUAUCCCUUUCGAUCUGCUCCUCUUCGGUUCGGACACCGACGAGGCAAGUGAAAAUACCACCACUCUGAUUGGGCUCCUCAAGACUGCUAGACUGCUCCGACUUGUGCGGGUAGCUCGCAAAAUCGACAGAUACUCCGAGUAUGGCGCCGCAGUCCUCUUGCUCCUCAUGGCCACAUUUGCUCUCAUCGCACACUGGCUCGCCUGCAUUUGGUAUGCAAUAGGAAAUGCAGAGCGGCCGCUCUUAAAAAGUAAAGUGGGGUGGUUGGAUCUCUUAGCAAACGAUACUCACCAAUUUUACUACCCCAACAACACUGGCGGGCCUUCGAUAAAGUCUCGUUACAUCACAGCGUUGUAUUUUACGUUUAGUAGUCUGACGUCAGUAGGGUUCGGCAACGUAGCGCCUAACACGGAUGCAGAGAAAAUUUUUACCAUUUGUGUGAUGCUAGUGGGAUCACUUAUGUACGCCAGUAUAUUUGGUAAUGUAUCGGCGAUUAUUCAAAGACUUUAUUCCGGUACUGCGAGGUACCACACACAAAUGUUAAGAGUGAGAGAGUUUAUUCGUUUCCACCAAAUUCCAAAUCCAUUAAGACAGAGGUUAGAAGAGUAUUUUCAGCAUGCGUGGACGUACACGAACGGAAUAGACAUGAACAGUGUCCUGAAGGGGUUCCCUGAGUGUCUUCAAGCCGACAUUUGUUUGCAUCUCAAUAGAAAUUUGCUCAACAACUGCUCUGCAUUUAGUGGGGCAUCGCCAGGUUGCCUAAGGGCAUUAUCUAUGAAAUUCAAAACAACCCACGCGCCGCCGGGUGACACUCUGGUUCAUCGAGGCGAUGUGCUAACGUCCUUGUAUUUCAUAUCGCGGGGGUCAAUAGAAAUCCUCAAGGACGACAUUGUCAUGGCCAUUUUAGGAAAAGACGACAUAUUCGGAGAAAACCCGUGCGCUCACCCGACCUUAGGCAAGUCCUCGUGCAAUGUCCGGGCUCUUACUUACUGUGAUCUGCAUAAAAUACACCGUGAUGACCUGCUCGACGUGCUGGAUUUGUAUCCCGAGUUUGCCGAAUCCUUUACCACCAACCUCGAAAUCACCUUCAACAUGAGAGACGAGGAACUGGCCGGAGUGGAUCCGCUUGUGGCUCGACGGAGACCGCCGAUCGCCUCCAGGUCAAACUCUCAAGACCGGGAUUCCGACGUCAGAAAGGCUGCUUACAAAUUGCCAAAGAAAAGACGAGCUACUCAAGCUAGCACUGGCUCUGGUGUUUGUACUGUGGCUGACCUCAGGGAGCAGCGGCAGGACGACGAAGAUUCCAGCGAAGAUCACUCAGAGUUUGAUAAAUCAGGGCACGGUAUCCUGGAGUUCUCGCCAGAUAAAGCAGGACGCGACGUGACUCCUCUCAAUCUGGACUUCAAAGAAGAGCCAAAAUCCUCUGCUCUAAACUCCUUGUCAGGCAUGCUCAACCAAUUGAAAAGGAGCUUCACAGACCUCCGUAUUCAUAAAAGCAACAGCAGUCACAGCACUGAACACCAUCAGCGAUUGCGCGAGCAAGACGAGCACGGAUGCGUUCUUGCUAUUUGUGAUGAUAAAGACUCGGCCAACGGUAAAUGGAUGAGAAAGCAGAAACCCCUAACCACCUCAGCCACCACAACCACUACUUCUUCUUGCUCUAAGACUCAGCAAGCAACUUCGACACCACCAACAACGCCGCAGGACUCAGUAGUCGCUUUGGAUUUAUGCAAAUCUAAGCAUGGCACUCUAGCAGUUUCUGUCCGUUGCUUAAAAAAGCAGGAACCUCCUUUACUAAUUAACACAUCAAGUGCGGAAGCAAUGGUGCCUCGAAUCGAGGAGACCGUCCUCGAGCAAAGCGGCGAGGAUGCCAAGAAGCAAAGUCCAAAGAAACCUAGCCUCUUGGCCCCCUCGCCCUACGCGACUCCAGAGCCAUCGCCACAGCCCUCCGCCACGGCAUGUACAUGUUCUCCCGUUGUUGAAAUCAACGCUAGGAUCGAUCUGCUCAGCAGGCAACUGUUCAAUUUGGAGCAACAGGUUAGCAGCGAUAUGCGCCUCAUCCUCUCUCUGCUGCAAAAACAGACUCCAAUGCCACCGCCACUGAGGAGAGAGACUUCCUCCUCGGCAUCUUCACUUGGACCUGACCUUAGAGAAACUUCAUCUGACUACACAACUUCCCGAUCCACAAGACAUAAUCGACCUCCUUUGAUGCACAGUAGCCAAAGUGUCCCACAACAAGAAGCAUUCCCAAGUGACAUCCAAAGGCCUUACAGACUGGAAGGAGUUGAAGGGAGCGUGGAGAGUCCGAGCGGCGACGAUGCCGAGCGGGCCAUCGCUAGCGGUGGCUUUUCGAGCAGUCCCAGCAGUCUAGGUCCAACUUGCUCCAGCCAUAUGCGAUACAGCUGCAGUUGCAGUCCAAAAUGUCCGUCCUUACCCCAGGCAGUGGCUGAACGAUUGUCCAUGCCCACUGGACAGCAGCCUUCACGCAGCCAGUCCCAACCAUCUGACUUACCGCAGGCUCAUUUGAAAGGCACCAAAAGACGAGCAGGGUCACUCCAGCUGAAGGAAAUUCCAAGCAGCUGGCUCUCCUCAGCAACGACGCCGCUCAGACCAAGGCACGACUCGAGAGAGUCCAAAGAGUCCAAGGGAAGCGAGGCCGAGUCUUGGGAGUUUAGAUCAGCCACUGAGGCGCCAAUCGCGCGUCUCGAAUCGCUGGACGAACUCGACCAAGCGUCACAGGGAGCUGAUAGUCCACAUUCCACAGAAAAGCCUUGCGCAGAGCAGCAACAAAAACGAUCGUCAGAUGUGUAGAGCAAAGGAAAACUAAAUUUAACCAAACGAAAUUAGAGGAUAAAGCACCCGCCGCACACACUCGCAUACACUUACUGAUUGCCACGAAAUGAAGAACAAGCAUUAUAAUCUAAUAGAGCGCACUUCAAGAUUUAUAAAAACUGUUGUUUCUUUGCCCAGCUGCUGGAUAAUGUUUUCAUUGAGACACAUAAUGCAAACUACUUAUUGUGUUAAAUGAUGAAAGCGUCAACAGUCAAUCUUAAAUGAAAUAUUUAAAUUUUACCAGUAAUUCAUUUGAUAUGAUUAAGGCUGUUGAUGUUUCUCGUCCAUUCGAGCGCUGUCACAGGCAGAGAAGGCGUUUUUAGAAAAGCGUCUCAUUAAUUCGCACUAAUUACAAAUUACGCUUCUUCGACUAGUUGAUUUUGCUACUUUACUAGAAGCUUUGGUAGGCCCCAUCAGAAUAAGCAACUUACCAAGUUACGAAGAGCACUGUGACUAUUAUUCCCAUCAUGAGAUUAUUCUUUAUGCAAUGAAACAUGCACAACGAUGAGUGGAACAUUUGUUAUGUUUCAUAUCAAUAUUAGGCAUGCAAGAGUGUGAAAUCAUUAGCAAGGCUGUUAAUUCGAUAGCUAUGUCGCAUCGGUUUCACUACGAUAGAAGUCCACAAAACGCAUUAUAAAGGUAGAAACAAUUUAUUACCAUAACGCACCUGAAACUCUCUAUCAUUAAUUCCUUUCCAUUGUAGAUUUUUGCCCCAUUGCCUGUUCUCUGUAAAUACUGGCGCAAUUGACUUAAACAAAAAUUUAAAAAAAAAUCAAGAUUGGCUCGAGAGAAUCGUGAAAUGCUGGCCCAUUUUUCCAGAGUCAUUUGUAUACACUGCUUAUGGUUAUAGUUUAAUAUGAAACGCAACUUUAAAGGAAAACCAAAUGGUAAUAAGCUUUAAUAAUUUACAUAGAAAUAUCAUUUGAUCUGCAUAACAAGAAUGCGUACGCAAAUAAAAUAUCAAUUAAGUUCUGUAGAAAAAAUGAAAUCAUUUCGGACCAGCAUCACUUGUAAUCAUUCACAAAUUUCUCCCGAUGUAGAUCACUAUUUACCAUUAACUUUUAAAAGUACGUUCAGACCUGGAGAAAUGGUCGGCAAUUUCUUUCCCUAAAAAGUAAGGGCAAACAUUGGAUGAAUAUGCUGAGAAGAGAAAAAGCAAACCUCAUUAAUGCACUACACUGCUACUUGUGUAAAAAAUAUAUUGUUAAUUAUGUAAAAUUAUCAAAACAAAUUUAAAUAUAGCUGGGACAUUACAAUUCAUUGUUGAUUAUCAAACACACUGAAUGCAGGUUCACGGUCACGAGAAAAGCGACGAUAAAAGCUGAUGUGUACUGUGUUAGCUCAUUUUAUUAUUGAAGUUUUUUAUGGGGGAGCGCUGUAAAUUUGAAAAAGGGUUUCGUGUAUACUACGUUCUUCAUAUUCAUACCUAAUGUGGACAUGACAGAUUAUUUAUACUAAUUGUAGUGAAGUGCGUAGCAAAUGGAAAAAUGGAGAGAUUAAAGCUUGAUGCUUGAGCAGUCUGUGUGCAAAAACAAAAACUUUGCUGUCAGAUCUAAUUAACAACGGCUGCUCCAAUACUGCCAAAGAAUUCCGCUAAAUUUCUCUAAAUUUAAGUUGUUAUAUUAAUUGAACAGAGAGUCACACAAUGCGUAACUUUCCCAAGUUACGAUGGCGGAACCAGAAGAGGGGAACUGAACAUGGGUUUUUUCCACGUAAAAUACACUAGUUUUAUUUUAUCCUCACCCUCUGGUUAAAUUAUCGCGCGAUCUGUAUGAUUGAUUGUUAAUCUCUCAGGUAUAUAUAUUUAUUAAUAUUUAAGCAGAAGUUCAGCAUUAGAGUGAAUUUAAAGUGUUUAGCCACACGUUGAAAGUGAGGGAUUAUUGCGGUGAGAAUUUAGGAAGUGAGAUAAUUAGUUACAAGUAAGUUUAGUAUUUCUACGCGGUUGUGAAAACUUUACCAAAAAUAGGGACAACAAUUCAAACACAAAUGCACUACUUUUAAAAAAGGAAAUCGUCUUCUCUUGAGCAGUCUAGUCGAGCAAACAUGCCGAAAUGCGUGUGUCUAUUUUUUGGAACAAAAUAGCGGCUCAGUACGUUAAAUUUUCGAUCGAUUGAAAAUUAGGUGCAUGUGCAAAAAUGAGGUGAAUUAAUUGGGUCAGCUCAGUUAUGGCAAUUACACAUAAAUAUGCAUGCACAGCGCUCUCAAAAUAACUUGCAAACAAGCUUUAAUAAAAGCUACAUGACCAAAAUUUUGAUUGAUUUUGAUAAAGAAAAUUAAAGAAACUAAAAUCGAUCAUAUCCGAAUGAAUGUUAAAAUAAUUUGCAAAUGAGCGGCCUUUGUAAUUGAAAUGCUGUUGCGGCAUCAGCUUAAACAGAAAUUUAAAAGAAAACAAAAAAAUCGAGGUGGCGCUUUGUCGUUUCUCUACCUACAUGACUCUAAUUCCAAAACCUUAAAUGCUAAAUUUUGUAAACAUCAAAAAAGGGUAAAACUUAUGAACUCAGAAGUUAUAAAUUUGUAGUUUUGAUUCAGCGUUGAUCUGCCAGAGACGCGACGAAAUUAAAUUGGAUCUUUACUGCUGUGAUCGCAAAUAUUACUGUGUAUUAAAAUGUAAUAAAGGCAAAUGUUAACAAAUUAGUUAAGGAAGGCAGUGGUACAUAAAUAUUAUUUAAAUUAGUUGCAAUUGACCGAACCCAAUAAUAAAAAAAACAGGACAAGGGCCUGUCGUGAUAAUGUUUCUAUCAAGAAAAUCAUGGUUAAAAUUGUAAAAAAAUUGUAAUAUUUAUUAAUAUUAUAUUAUGGUGAAAGUUUGCGUUUCCCCAGAAGACAUGAUGAACGAAUUUGUUAACAAUUAGAUUCCGUGCCUUGGUUUAAAUCAACUAAACUCGUUUGAAACACUCGCAAAUACAAAAUUAGUCCGAUUUUGCUUUUUUUACGAAACGUUAAUAUACGAGCAACGAGAUCGAUUUUUCGUUCCAAGUACUUACUUUUGUACAUACAUUUCGGGGGGAAAUGGAUUAAUAUUACGAAAGAGAUACACAAAAUACACGCCAAUUUGUACCUGGCUGCAGCCAUUAUUCCACUACUGAAUUCAUUCAAAAGUGUGCUCGUGUGUCUGUCUACAUUUGAAGCGCGCGCGCAGUUAUAGAGAUCCUAAUAAUUGAUGAUCAGAAUAAAUAAUGGUUUUGAAGCGCAAGCUUCGAUUUAAUAAAAAGCGGUUAGACCUAGUUGAUCAAUUGAAUUGUAAACUGAAAGCGAGUAGCGAAACUUUUUUAUGCAAUUAGAGAGUGCGUUCGUAAUUACCUUAGCUAGCUUUUGGAACGAGCAGAGUAGACGCGGCAAAAACAGAUCAGUUAUUUGUAAAAAGUGGUUUUUGCAUGAAAAUUAUUACAUUUAAAUUUUCAAGCACCCCUCAUAGCUAACGAGUUGACAAUUAAAUAGCGAUUUAAACUUUAAGAGAAUUAGCUGCUGAAUUAAAGCGCCCUCGCAUGAAAGACAGAAUGAUAAAUCAUUAUAAAAUACUGACAAAGGAAAAAUGUGGAGCAUAAUACCACGCGUUGUAAACAUUUUGUUUCAAGAAAAUGGUGCUUUCACGAACACACACGUUAAGCUUUUAUGAUUGUGGAUUUUUACUUGCAAAAAGCUUUGCAGCGUUGUGCCCUAAGAAGAAAAAUCAAACUGAACGUAAGCACUCAUUGAAUUUUUCACAGCAGUUGAUUUGUCAUGUCAGAUAAAUUGUAUUGUAACUUAUUCAAAGAAGCUGCAAAACUCAUCAUAAGACUGAUGAAAAUGUUAAAAAAUAUCCAGCAACAAAUCGCCAGAGAAUAUUGUUGUGGAAAUGACAACACAAGAAUUAUUACUGACCACGUUAAUUCUCAUAUCAAUGUUUUCGGCCAAUUUUCCUCUUUUUAAAACAUAUUCAAUUUCAACACGGUUUUGCCGUCAUUGCUUGCAGACGAACAUUCGCGAUGUUGAUUUUAUGAAUGUUAAAUGAAUGUAAAUUACAAAAAAAAAAUGAAAACAAAGCGGCUUUCGGUGUCAUCCAAAGUAAAAUAUCGCAUAUCUGGGACGUUUGAAAUUUUGCCAACUCAAAAAAGUCGAUGAACGUAUAAUAGCAGGAUAUUCAUUUUCUGUGAUUUUCAAUUUGGUGAUUUGUUUGUACGUGUAAAUAGAAAGAAAGUAUGCUAUUGAUCGUGAGAAAAUACUGUGUACGAAAGUCUUUGUUCAAUUACGAAAUAAAAAGGAUGCUUCAGUAAAAAAGAGCAACUUCUACGAGAUAUACAACUAAUUGUUAUUAUGAUAACGCAUCAUCCUCAUUCUCAGUAUGACUUGUCAUGAUAUUAUUUUGCAAUAAACACGCUGGCACAAAA